UGUGCAGAGCGGCACAUUAUUCGACCUCAAACGAACCGCAAAGCUUUAUAAGGACGUUGCACAAGUUGUUGGGGGUAGAAAUUAUUGCGCAUACUGAAAAGUAAGAAAUCGCUGGAUGCCGUGGGCGUUGUGAACUACUGUGUACAAUAGUGAAAGUGAACCGAGACUUGAAAGUGAGUUCGAGGAGGUGUGUGAAUACCACCGACGAGUGACUGAAAGCAUGUGAUAAAAACGUGUUCGCAAGGCCGUGAUAUUUUCAGUAUUUGUUGACACUCUUGUCGGAUCAGAACGUGGAGAUAGGACCACAGUGGGCCGAGGUUUUAUUUCGCACUCGGAAACGUUCCAAGCACCCAAGAUGUUUGCUCUCCUGUUUGCCGUUGUCUUGCUGUGUUUCUCCAGCAGGGAGGUCUUUGGAUUUGCUUUACCGUUAGCACCCGGAAUGGGGCAAGACAAACUUCUUCGAGGAAUGGAAUGGCUACAAAAGUACGAUUACAUCAAGAUCGACGCCGGCAAAGACAGCGACGGUCUGGAUUUCUCGAUGAUCAAGGACGGCAUCAGUAAAUUCCAGAUUUUCAACAGUUUACCGAACACGCAGAUGAUCGACUCGGACACCAUAGCCCAGAUGGAGAAGCCAAGGUGCGGGUGUGGAGACCCGGAGUUCGCCGGAGUGGCGGAACGGGAUGAGUUCCGGUUCGGACUGGAAGGAGGGAAAUGGAACAAGACGGAACUGACAUAUAGAAUAACCCGGAUCCCGAAACACCUAUCGAAAAAGACCGUCCGUCGAACCGUGAGAGCAGCAUGCAACGUCUGGAGCAGUCGCUCCCCGUUGAGAUUCGACGAAGUCCGGUCCGGUCGAGCGGACAUCAACAUAAAGUUCAUGGGGACGAUGGACCAUGGGGACCGGCGAGCAUUCUGGCACCCCUUGGAAGAGGUGGCCCACGGAUUCCCCCCUACACACCCGGAGCUGCCCGGUGAUAUUCACUUGGAUGCUUCGGAGAAUUACACUUUUGGAGAUGAAGAAGGGAUCUAUCUGCACCAGCUCCUCGUCCAUCUGCUCGGCCACACCCUGGGCUUGGGUCACUCUCCGGACCCCAAGUCCGUCAUGAACCCGGCCGUGCGACCCUACGACCCCGAGUUUGCCCUCACAAAGAAUGACAUGAUGGGCUUGCACUCCCUCUACGGCAGGAAAAAGAGAGACAGCGUCCGCCGACAGCGUCGCCAUCAUUGACCUGAGAAGGAGUUUGAAUAAAAACAACUUUUUCUUUAUUUUGUGAGUGAGCUCUCCGAAUCACGCAAAUGCAACGAAAACAUUACCAACUUCUAGUUGGUUGACACUGCUCUAGAAUUGCACUGGUCGGCCGUGGUUCGAGUCUCACCCGAGUAAUAUGCCUGUGAUAUGUUUUCCAACAGAACUCGAGAAAGUGCUGAGCAUACAGUGCUAGCACACAUGGGUAAAACAAAAUGCAUAUUCAUAACCCCCGAUGCAAAUUUAACAUCUAUUACUACCAACUUUGGUAUCAAUCUCUUGUGUUGCCAGACGAAGACCAGACCCGAGAAAAACCAAUGAUUUUUGUAAUUAAAAACCCAUAUCCGCUAAACUUCUUUUAUGGAAGGUGUGACUACCUCCACCCCCCCCCCCCCGAUCACCAACAACCACCCCACACGGUGAACCACAAACCCCCAAACUGACAUUGAUACUUCACAUAUGUUCAUGACCCUAAAUCCUUCUACCUUAUGUACAUAAAUGAUUCUUGUAAAUAAAGCAAAGGAACCAGUUGGGUAAGGUCUUUUGUUCUAACCAAGAUGUCAAAAGCUGACCGAUGUGCCUGCUCAGCAGAAUUGUUUUUGUUGAGAAUUAAUGCACAGAAACGAAACGGGCAUUAUUUCGGUACCAUCGAAUUUUAUAAUGUGCUUAAACGGCCAUACAGUGACGGGCCUUUACACAUACAGGGUACCGAAAGCAGAGUGCUAAACUGGGGGUGGGCCAAUUUCAGAGAGCUGCUAAGCACAACAGAUGAUAUUGACCUAACAGCAUUUCCAAAAAGGGAACAUUUUAACAACUUGUUAUUUAAACCUUCCAUAAUACUGAUUAUGGUCCUAGCAUUCCCUUGUUUUUAUGUGGAUUAGUGGCCCCAAAAUGAAACACCUUGCGUAAUACGGAGAGCUCCGUGUAUAUAAUGCCAUGUAAAUAAGCUGUAAAGAUAAAAACGAAAUACUCUGCCUAACUGUUUGAACUUUUAAUUUUUUAAUCAACCAAAGAUAUACUAAUCAAACUAUUAUGAUAUUUUCUUAUGCUCUGUUAUAUAUCUUUUAUGUACACUUUCUGUUUGAUAAGCUUUUGAAGUUUGUGUGUAUAAUAAAAUAUUGUACAAAGUUUAA